UUGCAUUUUAUGAAGUCAUUCAAAGGAUAAGAACGUAAACAUUCCAAGGUUUUAUGCAUUAAAUUAAGAAUUUUAGUUUUACACAACGUAGAAGUGAUGAUGAUAUAGCUGCAAAAGUUUCCCGAUGGAAAAUCAGUUUUUUCCCUCGAGAAAUGGCAGUAACAUCAAAUCAUCAGUUUUCAAGAAAAGAAAACCCAACGUCGCAUCACAGGCCAUAAACUCGCAUUAAAAAAUCCACAAAAUCUUGUUCUUCUCAGGCGGGCUUCCCUUGGCUCUCUGUUUGCUGGAACUGUGUGUAAAGAAGAAGAAUAAGAAGAAUAGGAGAAGGUUUAAUGGGUCAAAUAAUAUCUUUCAUUCAAAAACGUUUGUUGAGUCUAUUUUUCAAAUCCGUUGGUAGAUGUUCGAGUCGUCAAAGUGAGGAGAUAUCAGAAUCAGAUGGUUUAGAGGACCCAAAUGAGGAGUAUACUUUGUAUUCUUCCAGUGACGGUGACAGUGACCAAGGUUCUGGCUUUAGAUUCCAUCAAAACGUGGGCACUACUUGCACUGAUAUUGUGGAAGAGAACAGGCAUGGUCCUUCACCAUGUGUUUUGAACGUGGAGAAUUUGGAAGAAAGACAACUAGUUCUUGCCCCCGAAAAAUGGAUACGCCAUUAUAGCAGUUCUCAAAGGAUGUUGCUUGUUGGUGAAGGCGAUUUUUCUUUCUCUGUUUGUUUGGCACGUGCUUUUGGUUCUGCAACAAACAUGGUAGCCACUUCCCUCGACUCUAGAGGAUUCUUGUUGAGAAAUUAUAAAAAGGCCAUGGCAAACAUCUAUGAACUAAGAACCAGAGGGUGCAUGGUUUUGCACGGUAUAGACGCAACCGAAAUGGCGAACCAUUGCUACCUUGGAGCCAUUAAAUUCGAUCGAAUCAUUUACAACUUUCCCCACGCAGGUUUUUGUUCAGAUGUACCAUCCGAAUCCCAGAAACGUCGGCAUCAGUUGCUGGUGAGCUGUUUUUUCAAGAACGCCAAGGAGAUGAUAAACGAGAGUGGCGAAAUCCAUGUGACCCACAAAUCAAAUGGCUUCUUUCUGGAGUGGAAUUUGCGAGGGCUGGCGGCCGCCGUGGGGCUAAGGCUUAUACAAGAGGUGCCGUUCAAAUUGACCGAUUUCCCAGGGUACCGGACCAAGUACGGGUUCGGUGGUGACAUGAAUUUCUACUGUCAUCCUAGCAAAACUUACAUGUUUGGUUUAUUUCCAACUAUAUCGCCAUGAAAGUCUACUGUACUGUUAAA